GGCAAGGUCAUUGGAAUCAGAGCCAGCACAUCAGGAACAGGCAACACAGUAGCAAUAACACACCCUCGGCAUUCACGAAAACAGUUCAAUUUUGAGCAUUGCAAAUUUCUAGUUUAGUCCAUUUCAAUAUCUCAUCUACAAUGGCUUCUGAAGACUUCGUGGCUCCUCUCGAGAGCUUCCCCACCCUGCAGCCAGCCUUUGUCAUCAAGGUUAGCAUUGCCGGUCAGUUCCCUUGUGGAGACAUCUACACUGGUUCUUCCCUCGUUGGUGUUCCUCUUGGCCAGGGCACCUUGAAGUCUGUCGCGGGCUUCGAACCCAAGCUGGACAUGACUCUCAGCCAUGGCCACGACUGGUUCCGUAUUGAUGCAGACAAGACCCACGCCCGCCUUAGUGUUUCUUGCAUCAUUUCAGACAAGGAGAACCGGUCCAUCCGCCUCGAGGCCAAUGGCGUCUCCCAACUGACCCCGGCCAUUCUUGGGCUGAUCACCGGCUCCCCCGAUGCAAAGACUCCUCCUUUUGGAGAUGGAAUUGAGCAAAUGACAAUCACAUCAGGCCAUGAGGCCUACAAGCCCCUGGAGGGCAUGAUGUUUGCUUGCAGCCAGCGCUUUGCCAUUAGCGAGACCGGUGAACCCCUUGCUGAGAUUCGUGUUUCUCGUAUCCUCUGCGGUACCGGUGAUGUGUAAAUUUCAAAGAGGAGUCUCACGAGUGGAUGAUAUGCGGGGGCUUCUACUAUGAUAAAGUAAUGAGAGAUGAAUAAACCUGGUAGAUUGACUACUAGCAAUUGCACCCUUGCUUUUCUCAACAGACAGUACGUCAACGUGAUAGAGUGAUAGAAAGAUCAAUUGUGGUACAUUAUGUAGUUCACUAGAAAAUCAAAGCUGUUGGUCC